AUGCCAUACACUGCGCCGUUGAAGCCGUUGCUCGCCGCGCAGCACAUUGAACAUUCCCAACCAACCGAAGAGCCCGGUGAUCGGCCCGGUUUGGUUCGCUCCGCAUCGGGACGCACCCAGAACUCCCGCUCAUAUUCCUCCACCUCCUACACCCGUCGUCAUCGGAGGAGCCCUUCGAACACCAAAUCGACAGUGCAUUCUACUCCAGAUUUCCCGGCGCGAGCCUCUCCCUCCAUCGAUCCACAUGCCAGUCUCCGUCAAUCCCCACCGCCGGUGAAUAAUGCUAUCAUCCCUCCGGGGGCAGUAAUCUCGCCUCCUGAAUCCGCACCGAACUCGAGUGAUGAGGAAUCACCGUACCAAAGUGGUGAGGGUGUGAAAUUCGACGAACUGGAGGCUGCCGUUCGGUCAAUCAGAUUAAGGAGAGAGAGUUCACCGGAAAGGAUGGCCCCAUUAAACCAACCAGCAGUACCGGCUCAGCCCUCAUCGAGUGCGCCGUCGACCACUGAUAACAAGCCCAACCGACCCAAGCUUCCCCACCUACCAUUAUCCAAAGAAGCGCGCAAGAUCAGUCAUUCUCGGUCGUCCACCGAAAGUGCCAUCGAAUUGUCUCGGGAAGAGGCACUGACUAGCUCACCCGAUGACAGCGAUGUGGAGAUGUCGUGCAAGCCUCCGAUGGUCCGGAAGAAGUCGGGUGAGCUUGUGCGACCUGCUCUUCGCCCUGCUUCAGCUCGGCGCCGGCCAUCCAGCAUGCCUGGUACUCCAGUCUAUUCCAAGGCGGUACACUUCGACUCACAUUUGGAGCAUAUCCGUCACUUCCUCCAGCUCGACCGUCCAUUGGCAGUCAGCACGGAAACUUCUCCAGUUGACGACCAUGCCUCCAAGGACGAGUUUCCGUUUGGAUGUACUGCGGGUCCCUCGUGGGAAUGGGACAUCAAACUCUCCAAUUGGCCGAAAGAUGAUUCGUCGCGUGCAACUCGCCCGGUCCGCCUUGAGCGAUUGUUCUUAUCAGCUGAUAAGAGCACUUUGAUUGGCACCGUGGCAGUCGCGAACCUUGCUUUUCAAAAGUAUGUGACCGCGCGAUUCACUCUGGAUUAUUGGAGGACUACAUCCGAAGUCGGAGCGGCAUAUUGCCAUGAUGUUCGGCGCCAACAAGCUGCGGACGGGUACGAUCGCUUUUCUUUCGAUCUCAAGUUGAAUGAUCAGGCCAAUCUGGAGACCAAAACCAUGUUCAUGUGCAUCCGCUAUAACGUGGAUGGACGGGAAUAUUGGGAUAACAACGAUUCGGUGAACUACCAGAUCGAUUUCCACAAGGUUCCCAAGACCACCACGAGCAAACCUGCAAAUGGAGGGUCUCGCCCUGCUAUUCCACGCAGCCGAUCCUUCACCAGCUCUCACAAUCCGCGCCCGCAGUCCAUGCCGCCCACUUAUGAUUUCCCUGACUUCGGUACUACAGCAAAACAGCUUAGCGGUGCGAACGGUGCGCCGCUGGUUCGUACUCCUUCAGAGGAGAUGGAUACGGUCGCACCGCCCAAGCGCCGCGAGAACAACAACCGCCAGGCAUUCGGGAACCGAUACGAUUUCGGAGCGUCGCUAUCAGCUGCUAUGCGCUCGAAGGCCCCCCUAGAUCGCACCACCCUGACUGCCCGCGCGAGAUUCGGGGAAAUUGCAGAGCCGGAGACAACCAAGCCGAGCAAGAAACUCGGCUUUGAGCAGGGCCAUGGUUCUGCAGUGAGCGAUAAGUCCCGCACUGGAGGCCGUGUGGGGGAUCUGAAACCUUCCUCUCUGGUAUCUAGCAAACCGCAACUCGAAUCCUCCGUGUAUCAGGAGUUGGUCGAUAAAUACUGCUUUUUUGGGUCUCCGCAAGGAUCGAACCUCAAGGCACAUCCAUCGAUCUCGAACGGGCGUGAGGGCGAGGCCCGAAAGCACAUCUCUGCCCCAGUCUGUCUUUCGCCUCCGCUGUCCCCUCGCUCUCCUGCCCCUCUCAGUGCACCUGAGGCUCAAGCAGCCUGUGCUUCUGUUAGCCCCCGCACCUCUCCGCGGCCAUCCACUUCCCCCAUGGAUUUCCACUAUUCUUUCCACCGCGGUUUUAUGAAUGACCCUCACUCUUCAACUGUCAUUAGAGGGUGA